AUGCACAAUUCGGCUCAAAAUCUGCGUCUGACUGACGAAAUCGGCGCCAAGAACAUCAAAUUGGCAGAUGCACGCAUUUUCAAGUUUCGGACAGCUGCUGCAGAAAUCAUGAGGUUCGCAGCUGCUUUGAUUGUGGCGAUGAUGAUGAUGAUGAUGGUUGCGGCAGGAGAUCAAAGACGUUACGACGGGUACCAGGUUCUGAGGUUCAAGCCCGAGUCUCGCCUUCACAUGUCAAUCAUGGACCAGUUGUUCAAGGACAGUCCGCAACUGGGGUUGGAUUUCUGGAGUGAACCAUCAAAACUUGGAAAUGACGUCGACAUUUUGGUGAAGCCAGAUGCCACUGAAGCAUUUGCCAAAAUGGCUGCUCGACUUGGCAUGGAACACAGUGUGCUUAUCAAAGAUGUUCAAAGUGUGAUCGAUUCCCAGCCCGUGGCUGAACUUGGAUCAAAACUCACCUGGGAUGCCUAUUAUCAAUUUGAAGAUAUUUUGGCAUGGACCGAAGAAAUGAGGGAUGCCUUCCCAGACAUUGUUACCUUGCAAUCAAUCGGUGAAUCCUACGAAGGCCGAGAAAUCAGGCUGAUG